AUGUGUCUUGAUUUCUUUCGUCUCAGUUACAUCAGUCCAGCAACAGGUAUAUACUGUAGAGGUUGGAUGUAUAUUGAAUCGACUCUUGAUGCGACAAAUGAAUUACUGGCAGCUAUUAUAUCCAUUCAACGACAUACACUCAUCUUUAGACCACAUCUAUUUCGCAAUACAAUUAAGCGUUAUGUUUUCUAUUACUUACCUCUUCUGUUUGGUGUUAUUUAUCGUGUUGCUUUUUACAUGGGUACCAUUGUAUUCUAUCCAUGUGAUAAUUCAGAUUGGGACUUUACAUCGAACAUGUGUGGUGAUACUACAUGCUAUCUUACAAAGAACCCGGCAUUGGCUAUGUUUGACUGGAUAGUAAAUACUGCUUUGCUAGCUAUUGUCAUUAUGCUUGCUAACAUAGUGCUGAUUAUAAAAGUUAUUAGACAAAGACUUCGUCAACAAAGAGCUAUCUCAUGGUCAAAACAAAGGCGUAUGACAAUACAACUUAUUAGUAUUUCAAGUCUUUAUUUACUUAUCUGGAUACCAAGCAUCAUCUUUGGUCUUAUUCAACAGAUAAGUCCAACGGAUGAGAUAGAUGAAAUUCAAACAGAUUAUGUAGAAGAUUUGACGUAUUUUAUAUGUCUUUUAAUUCCUUGGAUUGGUAUUGGAAUGCUUCCUGAUUUCAAAAAGUGGAUGUUAAAGCAAUUUCGUCGUCUAAGAAAACCACCGAAUGCAAUUGGGACAACGAUUGUCCGAACAGAAGCACAUUAG